ACGCCCCUCCUUCAACCUCACACUCAUUUCUAAUUGUCUCAAGACCGCUUCGGGCGACGUCCACGCCUUAGACCCUCAUCUCCCAUAUAAUCAGUCCUCGACCACUUCUGCAUACUGCAAUCCUUCCACUCUUUACAAUGAUCUUCUCGUCGCUUCUUGCGUUUGCAUUGGCGAGCGCCCCUUCCGCUCUCGCUGCGACGAAGGGCGGCACUUUCGAGGAAGUUGGUGAUACACUCGUUAGUGCUAUGAUGGUGUUCCUCGGGAACGAGGGCAAAGUGUAUAUUCUUGACAAGGCCGAGGGUAACCCUACCCAGGUCAACGGUCACCCUGCAUGGGCUGCGGUUUGGGAUGUCGAGACCCGGAAGGCCACCCCCAUGGACGUCCAGACCAACCCGUUCUGCGCUGCUGGCAUGCACUUGCCAAACGGCUCGUUUGCCACGUUCGGUGGUAACGGCGCCACGUCGCCUGGUGGCGAAAUUGGCUCGGUCAAGUACGAUGGUGGGUACGCCGCCUCGUAUGACGAGACUUAUAAGGACUACGAUGGGCGGACAUCGAUUCGUAUCAUAACUCCAUGCGACGGCGACAUUACAUCUCCCGAAUGUCUGUGGUACGAUGGCAACGACGGCCCCAAGAUGCAGAAGCAGCGUUGGUAUCCCGGCGCUGAGUCUCUACCUGACGGCAGUGUCGUGCUGAUCGGCGGGUUUGUUUCGGGUGGUUACAUCAACCGCAACACCCCCAAUGUGAACCCUGCCGGUGACGGUUCCGAGCCUACUUUCGAGUUCUACCCGUCGAGGGGUGAGGCGAAGGUUAUGGACUUCAUGGUCAAGACUAGCGGUCUCAAUGCCUACGCUUUGACUUACUUGAUGCCCUCCGGCAAGAUGCUUGUCCAGGCCAACUACUCGACCAUUCUGUGGGACUACGAUAACAAUGUCGAGACGCCCCUUCCCGACAUGCCUGGCAAGGUUAUCCGUGUUUACCCCGCGUCUGGUGCCAACGCAAUGCUGCCGCUCACGCCUAAGAACAACUACACCCCGACUGUCCUCUUCUGCGGUGGUUCUGAUAUGCCGGAUUCUGCUUGGGGCAACUACAGCUGGCCGAUGAUCAACACCUUUGACUACCCCGCAUCUGCCGAUUGCCAGCGUCUCACUGCCGAGCCUUUGGACGGUUCUGCACCCGCCUACGAACAGGAUGAUGACAUGUUGGAGACUCGCACCAUGGGUCAGUUCGUUGCACUCCCCGACGGCACGAUGCUCGUUCUUAACGGAGGCAACAACGGCACCGCUGGCUACUCUACUGCCACUGGCCAGACCGCCACUUACGGCGAGAUGCCGUGGGGAAUGUCCUUGGCAUCCGGUCCUGCCGGGCGUCCCGCAGUGUACAACCCGAACGCGCCCAAGGGCAGCCGCUGGUCCAAUGCCGGCUUCGCGUCUUCCAAGAUUGCUCGUCUUUAUCACUCCUCCGCUAUUCUGCUCGCAGACGGCUCUGUCUUCGUUGCUGGGUCCAACCCCAAUGUCGAUGUCAACACUAGCACCAUCUUCCCUACCACCUACAAGGCCGAGAUCUUCUACCCGUCCUACUUCGAUGCCCCCACCCGCCCCAAGCCUACCGGUAUGCCCAAGACCCUUUCCUACGGCGGUGACCCCUUCGACAUCACCAUCCCCGCUUCGUCUUACUCGGGCUCUGGUAACGACGCUGCCGCGAACACCUCCGUUUGGCUUAUCCGUGGUGGUUUCACCACCCACGCCCUCAACAUGGGUCAGCGCUCUCUCCAGCUGAACAACACCUACACCGUUCAGGAUGAUGGCUCGAUCACUCUCCAUGUCGCCCAGGUCCCGCCGAACCCCAACUUAAUCACACCUGGCCCCAUUCUCAUGUUCGUCACCAUCAACGGCAUCCCUAGCAAUGGUACCCAAGUCAUCGUCGGUAACGGGAAGAUCGGAACUCAGCCCACGUCGGCGGCCAGCGUGCUCCCUGCGAGCAUCAAGUCGGACAAGGCUAAGGGCUCGGGCAGCCAGAAGACCACCUCCACAAGCCAGGACAGUGGUGCUGUCUCUCUCAAGGGCAGUGCCCUCCUUGGCGCCCUUAUGGCGAUCGUUGCCGCUGUUGGCAUGAUCGGCUUUUGAUCAUGACGAUGGAGUAUCUGGACAUGUUCAUAGGUAUUGGAUUGACGACCGUUCCACGGCGUGGGGUUCAUGACGAAGUACAAUAUCAUAGCCAACGAUCCCUCCUACAUCGCAUUGCCGUCAAUGGAUCAUUUGUUAUUCUUCUUUUUUGAUGAGGGCGCGAUUGCUAUCGAAUUGCUGAAUAUCUUUCGCUUGAGCGCAUGAACGCUCGCAUUUAUUGCAUGGGGAAGGACUUGGAUUUCUCAUGACGCAUCUACCACUCGCUUUGAUAACCAAGGACAUUGCAUACUGCAGAUAAACACGUACGAUACCAAUAACUUAUUAUUCGCAUCC